GGGUAACAUUCUGUGGGUAAAAUGGCGGCUUCACGGACGUUUUGAGCAAAAGCGAUGAGAGUCCUUUUGACAGCGAUGUGAAUGGCCACAAGGCAGCGUUUUGCUGCCAACGAUUUCUGACAGUUAUGACCGUUGAACACCCCUCAUCGGCUAAAAAGGUAAUAGUUUCAUUGACAUGACUUUUUUUACAAAGUCGUGGUAAAAGUUAAACAGCUUAAGCUUAAGGUUGAGUAAGCUCGUAAGUCAUUUUAGUUAAGUCAUUUAAAGUUGAGUUUACUAUAUAAUGACAUAUAGAACACUAAACCUACAUAAUUUUGUCUCCCUAGAGAAGGGAGCUUUUUCCUCUCACAUUUUUCUUCCAUCAGUAUUUAUAAAACCAAUAUGAAUGAUUACGAUCGAUAAGAAAGCAACGUGUUCGGGUAGGUUUUUUACCUUAAACAAAAUUUGCACGUUUUACUACGUCUGUACCGGUAAUCUUAGUGUCUGAUGAUAAUCAGAAUCCAGCGAAUGAUCUUUUUCUGGCUGUCAUUGUAGUCAUACUCUGCAGUUCUUUGUGCUUAGUGUAGACUCUGUCAAACUCGUAUAAGGAAGUAUGAACUCAUGGUAUAACUGGCUUCAUUCAAAGAUUUGAGGUCUGUUUGGCCCUUUUCCUCGCGCCAAGCGAAUACCUGGGAAAAGAGGCCUCUGAUAGCAGGGAAUGUUGCCUGAUAUUAAGAAUUAGUGUUUAAAAGUUAGUCUCAGGAGUUGGAAACAACUGUCUCAGCAAAAAAAAUUUCUAACAAUAUGUACCCUGCGAGCAGAGGUUUUUUGCAGAAUGGCUUUUAGCAUUCACAAAGUAGUUUGCAUCACUAUACUUUGCGUAGUUGGUUUGUUUACGCCACCGAGAGAAAACUCUGCAGCGAGCCAUCUGUGGUUUCUGUUGAGUAGGUGCCAUGCCAGGAAGAAACCUCUGCUCACAGAGUAAGCGACAUGUUUUUUAAGAGCAUUAUCUAGUACAAACGAUAGAAAAAGCACAUGACAUGAAAAGCAAAGAAAAAUCCUAGAUUGUCUCAAAAGCAUGUCAAAAAUUGAUCCAAAAACAGAAAUUCUGCAUCCUAGAUAUUUGGAAGAACGCCAUCGUGUCAAUUAUUCAAGAUUGAGAUUAUCUAAGCCUUAAUCUUUCUGCCAAUUCCUAAUGAAUGAAUGUUUUAUAUUUUUUCGCAUUCAACUUUAGAAAAACACCCAUCCUAGUCAUGGGCAUUUUUUUAACAAGUUUGCGUUUUUCAAUGUUAGUCCGCCUUUUCAGCACCAUGCUGAAUUACCGGUACAUCUUGGGCAGACCAUGAUCCUGUACUAGGCAACAAGAAUAGCUCAUGUGCAGCUUGUUUUUCUUUCUUUUCACCAACCAUGUCAGCCAAGAUAUUGCACAUUUUCAAUUUAUGGAAUGGAGGCCUUUUGCAAUGGUUGGUCACGUGUUCAACUUUCUGUAAACACAAAAACAAUUCUUUCUGUAAAUUUCAGCCAUAUACCAUAUCUCAAGAAUAAUGAUUGCAACUGCCGCCAAAAAUUGAAAGGAUGUUUUUGGGAAAAAUAACUCUUGCUAGCCAGUCACGCCUCAGUGGUUUUCCAUACAAAUCCUUGAAAAAAUUUUUAACUGUCGUUGAAUCUUUCUUGUGCACAUCAUGGGCUCAGAUUGUCCUUAAGAAAAUUUGAGCCCUGUUAUGCUUAAGGAAAAGAUUUUAGGACUGCUUGAAAAUUUAAAAAAUAGUUACAAUGUGCAGAUUUUGUAGAUGUCAUUAAAUUUUACUCUGUGGCAUUUCUAUGCACAUUCAAUCAAAAGAUACUCUAAUCUUGAAUGCACUCUUUAAUCUAUGAGUACUGCUACAGUAGACUCCAAUAACUUGAACUUCCCGCUAACUCGAACUAAGUCCAUUUUUCCUUGGAUUUCACCCCACUUUUCAGUCAUUUUUUCUCAGAUAACCCAAGCUCGGAUAACUCGAAUUCCCUAACUCAAACUAAAUUUACUUUCCCUUUAUCAAAAAGUCACUGAAAAUUACCCUGAUAACUUGAAUUCUGGUUCUUGAAACUCUAAAAGGAUUCCAUUCCUUUAGCUCUUUUUGUAUGUAUAAUCAUUAAAAACACUAAUCUAACACUGGUUAACACUUACAGCAAUUUGAUUUUGAUUGGUGCAACGAACAGAUCACGUUUUGUCAAAAAAAAAAAAAACUUAAUCAUGUUACCAUUUCUGAUAAAAUAACUAGCACCGCACAGGGUUGUCACUAAGAUUUCAAGUUGCCGGGUAAAUACAACAAGUAGGCGGGGAAUCAAACGGCUAGGGAUUUCUUUGGUUCUAUUUUUCUUCUAUUUUCCAAUAAAAGUAGCCGGGGGCCACUCUAUUAGUAGCCGGGGAAAAUCCCCGGCCCCCAGCUCUUAAUGACAACCCUGACCGCAGUAGCACUAUACGCUGCCAGAAGUGCAGAAAAAUCAGUGAGUAUCAAUUUUCAAAACUAAAAAUUGAAUUUUGCAAGCAACCCUGAUAACUCGAAUCCUUGCUAACUCAAAUUGUUUUUCGUUUCCCUUCAAAAUUACUGGGGUUCUGCUGUAGUUACAGUGAACAUGUAGAUAAUGGCUAUUUGCCUGUCAUGCAGGUUAUUGUUAAUACUGAGGUGGUGAGUCAACUUCAAGAAGCUACAGGUGCAUCAUAUGAGGAGGCUAACCAAGCUUAUAUUGUAAGUUGUUUAUAACAAGCUCAGAGGUGCCAACCUCUUCAGACCUGUAAUCUGCAGAUUUUUCUUUUAACACUACUCCCCUGGUCUCUCUUAAACAGUUAAAUCCAUCAACAAUAAAUGAGCUUGAGGAAUGGUGCCUGAUAAAGAAAGGUGGAGCCACUGGAAAAACUAAGCCGAAUGCUUAGCAUGUCCAUGACAACCCUGUGAGUGGCUACCACCAGGCACUGUCACACUGAAAUGAACAGUGGAACACAUACAUGCCAAAAGGGAUGGGUGGCCCAGGGGUUAAAUCAGCGAGAACUGCCUAGAAGUGAGAAACAAAAUGCUGAAUUAUUAUAGCAUUUAGCCACAUGUAACUCUUUGUUCCCCCAAUACUCACAUGCUGCUGUUGCCAUGUCACUUAUGAUAGGUAAUCAUGCAUAGAGGUUAAAAAUAAGUGCCGCAUGAAAAUACUGAUGCAGUGACUCUAGGCCAUGCUCUUAGAAAAACUAAAGGGAGCCCUGUGAAAUACAGAAUGCCCAGCACAGGGUUUCUCCAAAAAAAAAGAAUCCUAGUUGUUUAAGAGCAAAUCUAAGACACCAAAGGACACCGGUUGCUGUUAAAGCACAGCCAUGAGAGGGUUAUUAACCCUUUAAACCCUAAUAUCAAAAUUGAGAUUCUCAUUUACUGUCCCUAUACUUUUUCAAUAGAAGUAAUGGGGAGAAUUUGUUGAAUUAUCAAUUUGACUCGUCUUCCUUGAUCAUGCAUUCAAUUCUCAUGACCACUCUGUUUUCUAAAGCAUUGAUAUAAUAAGGAGAAAUUUCAUGCUGAUCACUCUUAGGGCUUAAAGGCUUAAGCACGAUGAAAACUUAGAAUGACAGAACUAACCUCUCCUGAUGCCCUUUAUGGAUAUGGCACACUUUAUAUUGUCAAGCGUUCUUUUCUUUUAAGAGGUAAUCUCAGUUAAAGCAUCUGUGUCAAGUUUUUUUUGUAUGUCUAAUCAAUAUUUAAUUCUUGUAGGCUAGCAACCACAACUUUGAUGAGGCCUUUGGUUUGUUGACUGAUCGUCAAAACCAUAAUGGUUCAUAUAAGGUGUGUUCAGUAGACUACUUUUUUAUUGAUUGCAUUUUGUUGUUGGUUCUCUUCUGUGCUCUGAGAGGUACACUUUAUUUGGUUUGUAUAUGUAAUCAAAUGGUGAGUGGUGAAAUUAGGAAAUAAUUUCAAACAUGUCUUGUCUAAAUCCUAAUGACAAAUUGCAAGUAAAAUUAUUCCUUAAUUUCACGAGCAUACCUUUUGAUUACCUAUUAAAAUAUCAUGGGUGACAAAUUACGCGCGCGAGUGUAAGUUUUUGACAUUGUUCAUCAAAUUGAUUAUUGAUUGAGAACUCCAUGAAAUGAACACCUUAGAGCUUAAGACAGUAUCCAAUAGGAAAUUGAGUAAUUUUAAUUUUCAGUGGACAAAAACCUUGUACCAGAAUAAUUUAAACAAUAUCGCAUUCUUUUUUACAUUUUCAGGGGCUAUUUAUUUAAUUAGUUAUCUUUGAUAACACCAAAGAAAAUUUGUUAUUACAGCCCAAGAAAAUAAAUGUCAAAUUUCACAAAAUGACAUCUUCCACAUGAAAUUUUCAGUCACACUAUUUUUGCAAUUUUUUCCUGUGUUUUCACAAUUCUUGUGAAAUUUGACCAGCCUAGUACCCAGGCCAGUUCAGGCUAUCCUAGUUACCAGAGGAGGCUGGAAACUGAGCGCGAUAGCGCGAGGCAGUGUCAGCAAAUUUUCCCGACAAGCUUGAUAGGUGAGGUCACAUCUGAAAUCGCCGAGGAUGACUGGCAACAAGACUAAAAUUUGACAUUUAUUUUCUUGGGCUCCCAAGAGAUAUAGUCUUUCAAUGGUGUUUCCACAGAUAACUAAUAAUAAUCUAUAGCCCUUGAAAAAUGUAAAAAAGAAUGUGAUAUUGUUUGAAUUAUUCUGGCACAUGGUUUUUGUCCACUGAAAAUUAAAACUACUCAAUUUGCUUAAUAAUGGAUUUCAUGUGACACUUUGGCUUAAGCUCAUAAUUUUCAGAAUUUUUGGACAAAAUUCCUGAUAGAAUCCUUCUUGAUAUGCUCUUUCAUGUGUUUAGGUUUUCUAAACCUUCGUUUAUUUAUUUAUUUAAUGCCGUUUCAUACAUAACAGUUUAAAACUUUGCCACCAUCUUUAUAGCACUGACACGCGGAAGGUUGCCAUGGCAAUUUUAUAGUGGCACAUGUGAAGUUAUAAAUUAAUGCUAAAAUUUCGCACGGAAAUUGUCACCCAUAAUAUUAAAUAGCAUUAUUUUCUUUAAUUAAGUAAUUAAUGCUAAAAUUUCGCACAAAAAUUGUCACCCAUGAUAUUAAAUAGCAUUAUUUUCUUUAUCUUUUGCAGGGUGAAGCUAACCAGACAGGUAUGUGUCGUGAUGGGUAAUAUUAAUUUUUCUUAUAGACUAUGCUUUGCUUCCAACACCAAUUUUCUCCUAAUGGCAUCAAUACUUAAUCAAGAGCAAAGUUUAUGAGAAUUAAUGACAUGAAGCUUUUCUGUUCAGGAACUCAAACAUUUAUAGGACCACAAAAUGCUCCUGGUAAAACAGAAGGUAAGUGUUAUAAUUUUCUACAUCUGUCAGAUCAGCAAAAGCAAAAUACUUCCAAUUUGGUCAAAUAAGAAGCAAUACAAAAAUGACAAACAAUGCAGUCUAAUAUGUAGUAUUUUUAAAACAAUACUUGAAAACAAAAGGCUGAACAAAAUUGGUUCUUAGACUAACACACAGUGUUUCAUCCAAAUGUUGAUUUUCAGCGGAUGUUAUUGAUCUGACAAAGGACAAGGAUGAUGACCUUGAGAAAGCUAUUGCUCUCAGUUUACAGGAGGCACAGGUACACCAACUUUGAGUGGGCAAUACUAGUGGAAAAAGCUGAAAUGUUGUCUUUCAUUUCAAAUCUCUACAUUGAGCCUUGUUUUGGCACAGAAAAAAAAGAAAAAGAAAUACUUAUUCAUCACUUUUUGUUAAAACUCAGGGCUGUCAAGAAGGUUUAAGGUAGCAGGCUAGUUAAGAAUAGUAGGCGGCUUUGGAACUUGGACCAAAGGUACAAGUUCUUGAGGGCCGAGGCAGAUAGGGACAUUUUGAAAUUUAGAGUCUGGCAAAUGGCAUUUUCAGUGGUUUUCAAGAGGUAUUUUCCACCGCAGACGCAGUGUUUUUUCAUUAGAAUACAUGCAAGACUAGGAACAAUGCCGUCAAAAUGUCCCAGGCGUUCCACGACAUGGCACGGUUCACACAUUUCACAGAGCUAAACCUUUUUAAAUAUGCAUUCAAUUUCAUUUGAUGGUACUUAUUUUUUGUUAGCAGUUAUAGUAGAAGGAGAUGAAAGUAGCCGUCUAAGGAUGCCUACAAUGUAACUAGCCAUUGGUUUUGGGCUACCAGCCCUUAUUGACAGCCCUGAAACUAGAGCAAUAAAAAUUAUACAGUUAUACCUCCGUGUGCUACCAGCUUUCAUAAGUGACUGCCUUAGUAAAAUGCCAAAAUUUCCUGGUCAAAGCAUUAUACUGGUAGUUGGAGCCUCUUGCAAAUGACCAGCUCUUUUGAGGGACUGCGACCGCGUCUGAUGGUGACAACACAUGUCCUGAUCUGUAUGUUGUUUGAAGGAUAUGCUUCUUAUUUGGGGGCUGUUCUUUUUAAUAUUUCUGUCCCUUAAUGUACCAGUGGGGCAGGGAGGGGGGGAACUUAGUGGCUCAUUGGAGGACACCUUUCUUUCCAGUAAAUAAGGAAGUCAUAUCACAAUCAAGGCUGCACUGUAAGGGGGACUUCCAGGAGCCUUAAAAUUCUGAGCUAUUAAUCAAAAUCCGAAGCACCUAGCAUGCAAGUUAUUGUGCUCAAAUACCCCAAAGGCAAAAGUAAGUCACCAGGAGCCUCUGAGUGUUGUUGUAGCAAAGCCUGGCUGCACAAUGAUGUACUGAUUGAUAAGUUGUAUUUAAUCUGUUGUAUCGAUAUGGUUCAUUUUCCAGGGAAUCACUGUGGAAGAACAGGAUAUUAGCAGGUAGGGUGAAAAUAGAAAAAUGAUACUGUAGGACAUUAUUUCCUCACUCUGAAAUUAGAAUAAUAACUUCCUCAUUUAGCUGGAAAAAAUGUAAGACCUUUUGCACUUUUCUAAGUCUUCCUCAACCUGUAAUAUUUUGUAGGGUUUUAUUUUCUGUGAAACCAAAUACAGUCAGAAGUCAGUUUAUUCAAAUUUAUUACUUUUGUUAUCAUGGUGAAACUGUGUGUGAUUUUUGUAAGGGUUUUGGAAGCAAGUUUAGCAGAAAACAAGUCAGGGCUGAAGCGAAAGAGAGGUGAUCCCUGGGUCAGGUUUGUGGAUCCUGUGAACCCGUAUGAGCGGCAAAGGCAGGAUGGGUGUCCUGUGGGCCUCAAGAAUGUUGGCAAUACUUGUUGGUUUAGCGCUGUCAUUCAGGUACAAUCACUAUUUACUAAUUUCUCUAAACUGGGGACAAUAUUUUUAUUAGUAUAAGUUAAUGGAGGUAAACAUAAUGAGGAAUGAUGAUGAGUAAAGAAAAUGAAAAUGGCAAUGAUAUAGAGAAAAGUGUGAUGUCUCGUUACCAUGGUAGCAAAAUUUCUGGAUCACAACAAUAAGGAGCUUAAAAAAUGAUGGCCGUGACAGCAAUGAGAUCGGUAAAAAAGCAUUAGGCAUAGAAAAACAAUAACUUUGCUUGUUCAUCACACUUUUUUGCACAUUUUUCAGCCAUCGUUGCACGACUGUAAUGUGAAACUUCCCAAUUUUACGCACCUGUGUAUGUUUUCUCUUUUUUUUCUAAACUUAGAUACAGUCCUUUCAAUUUCAAACUGAAUAAGAGCGACGAAGGUUGAAACAGUGCAAACUCACUUUUAAGUGACGUUUUCAGUUUGUUGUCAUCGAGAAGUUUCGCUACCAUGACAAGAUGAUUUAACAUCCUCUCUCUAUUAAUGACAAUGGACAACUGCAAUGGCCUCUUUUUUGGAAUGCAAAUGUACUUGGAAAAAAAACCCUUGACUGUUUUUGUGAAGGACACCUCAGUUAUGCAUUCUAUGCCUUCAUAUGGGUAAAAACACUUAUUGUUCUUCACUGUCUUGUUUUAAUUGCCUGUCUAAUUAUUGAUGUGCUGUUCUUAAUAGUCGCUGUUUCAUCUUCCUGUUUUCCGUCGACUUGUUCUGAAUUAUGUUCCACCCAUUGAUCCCCCGGACAAACAAGAGGUGAGUUUUAUUGCUGUGAUUUAUUUAAACUAGCAAAGUGUCCUUUAUCACAAAGCUGACAAAGCUGAUGCAAUAAUAUAAUGUUGUAUGAUGACUCUUAUGGAUCAAACGUCUUGUACCUGGUCUUGAUCUCAAUGUGUGAUUUGCUUCUUGGGUGUGCUACUUUGUAAUAGACAUUCUCCUUCCUCUAAUGGCCAUCUGAAGCAAUGCUCUGAGAAGAAUUAGAAAAUAAUUAGUUUUAUGCACAAGGAAAGUUUUUCAAGUCACCCAUAAGCAAAGGGCUUUUGUGGACUUAAGAAUGUAAGACCACAUGUACUAGUAUUUUACUAAGAUCACCGAGAUCACUAGAUUAUACUGAUUAAUAUUUAAUUUAUUUAAGAAAAUAUCAAUCGAAGACUCUGAUUUUAUUUUCAGCAUCUUGAUUUAGAUUAUUGUGUUUGUGUUUGAUUUUGCCUUUUCUUUCCCAUUGCCUUAUGUCAGAGAACAGUCCCUGUGUGUCUGUUGUGUUGUGAUUGAUUUUGCUUUUCUUUCACAAUGCUUUGUGUUUUAGGACAGUUAUCGUGUAUCCUUCAUGACUGAGCUGCGGGUUAUAUUUGCGUUGAUGCUCGGAAGUAAAAGAAAAUAUGUUGAUCCUACUAAGGCAGUGCAGGUAUAUUGUGUUUAGUGAUGUUUAUAAACCUUCUCAGGGUGCAAAGAAAGUCAGUUUUAUGGCUUGCCAUUCAGGUAAGCUUUGGCUAGCAUUUACUAGCCCAAAAUUCAUUUCAACUAGCCCCAAAAACUUUUUGAUAAACAGGAUUGAUUUCACAGUUCUUCUGCAAUUUGAACUCCUCAAAAAACUUCACUUGCCCAUGGGGCAAGUUAAGAACAGAAUUCACUAGCCCAAUAGCAAAAUCCACUUGUCCAGGUCUAUCAGACACUACUUUCUUUGCUCACUGUUUUUUAAGACUCACGUACAAUCUUAUCUCUCUUAAUGGACACCUCCCUUAAAAAGGAUACCUAGAUAUUAAUGUUGGUCCCAACUUUUACGUAAAAAUGGUGUCUUAGAACUCGGCUGUGCUCUUAUAUAGGAGAUGGGCUUGGCCCCUGGUUACCUAGUUUUGCUUGAAGGUGAACAAAAUCUUAAAGCUGAGCACCCUGAGUUUCAAAGGUAUAGAGCUUUUGAGCUCCUGGUAAUUUUUGUAAGCACAGUCUUGUAGAGAAUGGGGAGCAGCUGACUGUAUAGUAAAAGAGUAGGGUGGGUUAUGGACAUCUGUAUAGUAGGAUGACACGGUGAAGAUGAAGAUGAUAAUGAAGUUUGUUGCUCAUGAGAACAGCAAGUGUCUAUCAUUAUUAAAGUAUAAAAGACUGUGUUGUUGAUUAACAAUUAAUGAAUGAGACUGAGUAUCUUAUAAAGAAUUAUGGACAUCUCGGAGGGUGUUAUCCGUCGAGGCUGCAGGCUGAGGCAGAUAACACCCUCCGAGAUCUCCAUAAUUCUUCAUAUGAUACGAAAGCCGAAUUCAAUAAUUGUUUUAUUAUUCAUUCAAAAGAAUAAUAUUCCUAGUUUAAAAACAUAACUAAAACAUGCUUACCUCUAUUGAUGUUAAGUUCAUCUUUGGUAGUGCACGUUUAGGGUUGUUCAGCUCCGCAAAUAUUCUCCAAAUUGCAGAUGUCACCCUUCGAGUUGUCUUCUUGCUGUUCUUGCCAUGUUUAUAGCUAUUAUUUCUCCUAGUUCUUACUCUUGAAAUGAGUGAAAUGUCUACCUUUUUUGUUUUCACAACCAAAACAACUCAACCUCAUCCCCAGGUCUUCUUGGUUAACAGUGCAUUAACCUGCGAGAAGGCUGCAGUUUUGACGUCAUCAGUUCAUUAAACGCAAAAUUCUUCCAAAUUUGGUCUUUUGUUUUCACCAGUUUUUCCCUCUUAUGUCCACCAGGCAAAAGUCAAGUACAGUUGAUUGACUGACUGACUUUUAUUUGGUGACAAAUUUCCCAUCUCGUGUAGCAGUGAUGAUUGAUAUUAAUAUUUCUCUUGACGUAAUUAUCUGCAUAAAAGUCAAGUAAGCAUGUACCCAAGGCCCCCAGGUAAAAUGGAUGACUGUUGACUUCACUUGUUUCUCAGAGGAGAUUUCCUAAUCAAUGCACUAAAUGGAUCAUUCCAUCUUUAAUGCAGUGUUCUAUCAUCUAACAUUACUGUAGUCUAUAGCCCUCAAUUACCACAUUAGGUAUAAGAAUAAUUCUUAUUAAUUUCCUGUAGGAUGGUAUAGUACUAAUAUAUUCUUGGCUUUUAGAUAUUAAAGGAAGCACUGAAAUACAAUGGCAGUGAAAGCAACCCUGGCAAUCAACAGGUAUCUUGAGCUCUACUGAUCAGAACCUAUUGUGGCUAAUUAUUUCAAGUAACUUCCUCUAUCUAUUAGACCAACUUCCCAUUUUAGCUUUAUAUUUUCAAUAAGCCUCUCUCUGUCAGGUCUUCUCCCCUCAAAAAACUACGGAGGACACAGCAGCUUAGGUUGGGCCAGAAUAACUAUUAAUAACCAAAGGUUAGGCAUCUGGUCAAUGGUCAAAAUGCUCUUGCCUCAACGCUGACGCUCUGCAUAACUUUCAUGUGAUAGAAGGUCAAAACACGUGAUCAGGUUACAAUUUUUUCAAGGUACAAACUCACUGAUAAAUUUGGCCAGAACCAGAUCUCUUGCAGUAACGCUUCUGUUUACUUUCCACUAGGAUGUGAGUGAGUUCACCCACAAGUUACUUGAAUGGCUUGAAGACUCAUUCAAAGAAAAGAAGACUAGCAGCUCUCCAGGAAAAAGGUCUGUUGUUGUUUUAAUCCAGUUGGUAAUUUACUAUGUCAUAUGUAUAGAGCACAAGAUUUCCAUAAAACAUCAGGGCUGCAAAUAAUUUUUUGGAUGUUGUUGGAAGGAUGUAUUACUGGCUAAUUCAGCAUUUUGGUAAGACAAAACAAAAAUCUAAUCUGAGUCAAUCAAGGGCACGUUACACUGCAUACACAAAAAUUGUUUGUUUCCUAAUUUCAAACCCAGGGGGGCUUGGUACAUGUCCAUUUAUUAUGGGAUGAACAACGUAAGACCCACAUGUUCAGAAAGAGCAUAAAUCUCAAGUUUGAUGUUUAUCGGGCCUAUCUGGCAAUCCAUAUAUCUCUUAAUAAAUUUUCAAGUUUUUAAAUAGCUGUAUCUUGCUCAAUAUUGGACCAAACUUGAGAUCUUCCCUUAACUUAAUGUGCUCUUUCUGAAUAUGAGGGUCUUGUGUUGUGCAUCCCAUAAUCGUACCCAGCCCUCGUAAACGUCGUAAUCAAUAGAAUUCAAGGUUAGCAGUCGCAUUUGAGCUUCUGUGGCUCUUGUCCAAGUUUCUAAAAUCUACCUUCUUUGUCUAUUUUAUUUUGGUAUAGGCUUAAUCCAGUGGUGGAACUAUUUUUUGGCCAAGCCAAUGUGGAAGGUGUUUAUGAAGGUUGGUUGCUCUUGAAUGAGAGUAUUAUGCUUAUCAAGGCAGAGUGCUCUUUUGGUUAGUGCAUUGAACUUAAGGCCAUUGUUGUUUUCUUUAAGAAAACACUUUUCCCACCCUGUCUCUCCCCUCCCCAGAUGUGAAAGUGGGUACUAUUAGAACAAUAAAAUCAACUUUGGUGGGUAGGGGUGGGGGGGAGGGGCGAUGGGUUAAGAAGGUACGUUCUUGAAGGCGUCUCAUGCAGCAAAAACCAUUUUGAACUCUGGUCAUAUGGGUACCCUGUGGCUACAGCAUGCCAUAGGUCACCAAAACUUAAGAUUUUAAUGUGUCAUGCAGAUAUUUAUUUGUGGUGGUUGCCGAAUGAAAUAUUCAAUAUCACUUCCAAAAACAUUUUUAUUAAAAGGGCUUAAGGUUUCAGGCAAAGCGUCCUUUCAUAACCAUAUCUCUCCUAGACUAAGAUUGGUGAGAUGAUUUUUGAACUUCAAACUUUUGAGUCGUUAGACGAAGUCCCGUGAUGUUGACAAUUCAACUGAACUCUCUUAUCACUGAAUUUUUUUAUAGGAGUUUGCAAAUUGAAAUUAGUAGUGGCAUUUAAUGUAAAUUUUAACUUUGACCAUUAUUAGGAGUGAAUGUGUCAACUCAUUAUGAAUAAAUAUUGAAGCAGUGUAGGCUAGACAGGAACUUUGUUCAUGGGCAGUUUGAACUUCUUUUCACCAGUGUUUCCUUCUUAUGUCCACCAGGAAAAACUUUUAGCAAAAAGGAAACGUUUGGAGCAUUUCCUCUGCAAGUGCAAGGCUACAGUGACUUGCAUGACAGUUUAGAGGGAGCCAUGGCUCAGGUGGAGAUUGAACCGGUUGGUUCUGAAGGAACACAUAAAUCUGGACAAGAGGUACAGCGUCUUGAUCAAACGUAGCUUGAGAAAACAGCCGACUUUUCUCGACGCCGGCAUUGAUUUCCGCGCAAAAUUACGUCUGAGGAACGACUGCAAAAAUUCCGUGCUGAUGUCGUCUUACUACCCGGAUCUGAAGCUCGUUUCUAGAAAGUCCCGGUAACUUUCAGGGGCACCCAACGAGGCAUUGUUAAACGUAUUUUCGUAUUUAAACGGUAGAUAUACUCAUAUUUUCAUCCCCUCAAAAGUUUUCAUCUGUUCGGAUUUCCUAGCUGAAAGUCUAGUGAUCCGAAAAUUAUAUGGAUCAAAACUUACUUUUUCGAAAAUUUCAGCCACAAAAAAGGCUCCCGAAAAUUCUAGGUGACCUUUUUAGGGUAAAAAUCUGUUAAAAAUGGGCAAUUAUACCAUUUUUUAGAAGUUCGAAAAAAGAGGCAGGCAAGCAGGAAAUUUUACAACAAAUGUUCCGAAAAUUCUAGAUCUCAAAUCGUCUUCCGAACAGAUAUUUUCCGAAAAUUGACGUUGGGUGCCCCUGAACUUUUCGGGCCCGGAAAGCUGUUUGAUGUUUGCCGUGUUUGCAUUCAAGAUCAAAGUUUCAAAAACUUUGAAAAUGAUACAAUGAAACUAUCAGUUAACGAAGCAGGAUUGACCGGUUGAUGGGUUAGGAACCGUGCUACUAUUCAACAGAUUUUGAUUUCAACAUUUGCCUUUGGACCCGAAAAGUCACAUGCCCUUUCGAGAAACGGGCCCCUGGAACGUGCUUCUGAUUGGAUGAAGCAAAUUUUCAACCAGUAAAAACUACCCAGAUCUGGAUAGUGCUUCCGAUUGGAUGAAGCAAAUUCUCAACCAACAGAAGCGCUAUCUAGAUCUGAGUAGUGACGCGUCAUCAGUAUGGAGUUUCUGCGCUCGUUUCUCAGACGUCUUCUCGCGGGGAAACCAGUGGUGGCGUCGUGAGAUGUCGGCUGUUUUCUCAGGCUAGGUUAGCCUUCCCGCAGACGUCCUUUGGGGUUCGUUCGUCACGCAUUCAUGAAUGCGUGACGAACAAACCCCAAAGGACGUCUGCGGGGAGGCUAAGGCUAGGUAAAACGGUUAGAUUUUGUCAAUUAACGUAGUAGCCUGCGCGCAGACGAAAUUAAACUCUGGUUAACUCCGUCUGCGAAACAGCGCCGAAAUCCUAGUUCUGGACUUCCAGCUGUGUACCCAGAUUUGAGUACGCGCCACGAUUGGCCAGUUAAAAAAGUGCUUUGUUUUGUUUGUCGUGAUCGCCAAUCAGGUUGAAGGGGAAUUCGAAACGCACUUCCGGUAAUUCGUUGAGUCCUUUGGGGGCCCAGAACAAGGAUCUCUGCGCUGCUUCGCAGACGGUACUAAUCAGAGUUUAGUUAUCGUCUGCACGCAGGCUAUUAACGUAGAGGGUAAACCACGUUACAUGUCCACCGCGGACGGUUUUGUUUUAUUUAGUAGGAUCUCGACAUGAUAAAAGAAAUACCUCUCGAGGCUAGCUGUGCAAGUUUUGAGCUUCUUUUGGUUGCCACGGCUUCUUGCCCGAGUUCAUCAUCAUCCUUUCACAGGUUUAUAACCAACCAAUUCAACGACCUUCUCCUAGUUGGCUUGUUAGCUUAAUUGGUAGAGCGCUGCACCGGUAAAGCAGAGGUCAGGGGUUCGAAUCCCGUACAAGCCUGAAUUUUUUUUUCAGGCUUUCUUUUCGCAACUGCACAAGUUGCGUAUAUAACUGCGAUGAUCUUCCUUCAAAAAAUUAGAUUGAGCAUCUUGACAAAUAGCGCCGAGAGUAACACCAUUUUCAGCUUUUAACACUUACAACAUUUACAGGAGGCUUUCCAGAGGUUGAAGAAAUGAAAAGGUUAUAUUAAUCUUUAAAGAGUGAUAAAACAACCUUAGCUUCAAACUACUUUGCCCAGAUUUUGAAAUCGUUUGAAGGCGUUGAGCGUUACGUGUCCUCACAGUUUACCUUUGUAAGUUAAGUUGUGAAUAUUCUUUCACUCCAGCACUGGUUCACUGGCCUUCCCGUAGUACUCAAGUUCAUGCUGUCCAGAUUCUUGUUUAACCAAUCAACUGGCCGAGCAGAGAAGAUUCACGAUAGGUUGCUGUUUGACGGCGUGAUCUAUAUGGAUCGGUAAGAUAUGAAUUAUUAGAGGAUAUGUGAUUGGCUCACAAAUCUCCUUCCACAUUUUCAACCAAUCAGAAGUUGAAACAAACCCGCGCAGUCGUGCCCUGUGCGUACGCUUUUUCCGCGCUUGGCGCCGGCUGGCGAGUUCUGAUUUGUUGAUUGGAUAUCACGCGUUUUACUCUUGGUCAGAGUAAAAGACCUUCCGAAAAAUACCAUAUACUCUUCAUUCUUCAAUGUGCAAGCUUAGCCUCACCUGGGUGCAAUAAUUCCGGAGACCUAAAUUGAUCCAAUAAUUCUUAAGUCCUUUUCUAGAGUGCGCGAUAUGAAUUCAGGGUAACCAAUUUUGGCUCUUACUCGACUUUAUCAGUUAUUUGAGGAACCUUCCAGCUUUGAUGUAAUUUGAAAAAAAAUGUAAAGUUUUCUGUUUUCAAAAACACCAUUCUCGGAGACCCAGGGGCAGAUAGUGGGGGCGAUGGAAAGUCUAAACGGGCGGAAAAAUAUGGCACGAAGAAAAGUAAAGAACGGCGAGAAGAGCCCGUGGGGACAAUGUCUUACCAGACCAGUUCCAAACGGUCGCCGCCGUUCUGACUUCUGAUUGUGUGUUUUUCUGGCACCAAUCAGAAGUCAGAACGGCGGCGACCGUUUGGAACUGGUCUGGUAAGACAUUGUCCCCAGGGGCUCUUCUCGCCGUUCUUUACUUUUCUUCGUACCAUAUUUUUCCGCCCGUUUAGACUUUCCUUCGCCCCCACUAUCUGCCCCUGGGUCUCCGAGGAUGCAAAAACACAGGACUUGACCCAAAUUUAAGCAAAGUUUGCCGUUCUGUUCUCGUAUGCAAAUGUCGUUUACCCGUGCCGAGACUACCUCCCGGAGGUAGUCUCGGCAUCCCUAAAAUUUUGAGCACUGGUGCCACAUUACAUUUGGGACCGAUACGUUUACACGUCAGUGCCGUGCCUGAAAAUCGUCAGCACGUUUAGCGCAAGUGAAUGAGGUUUAAAAUUGUUCAAAACUUCGUGCGUAGCGCUUAUCUUACAGAUUCUCCUGGCCAUUAAACAGUAUUAUGGUAUUCUUUUUGAAAGCUCUAUUUGAUUGGUUUUACGACACCGGAUCUAAAACCGUUGCAAUCCAAAAGGGUAGUGUUUAAAUUUUUGUUCUAGGUACAUGGAGGGAAACAAAGAAGUCACAAGAGCCUAUAGAGAAGAAGUGAAGAAACUCAAAGAAAGAAGAGCUAUGCUUAAAAGUAGCCUCGAAAAGUAAGUGCAUGAAAAAAAGAAUCCAUGUUACAGUUAAUGUUGUAUACUGCGCAACAUCAGUACACACGGGUCAGGGUUUCCUGCCCAUGCAAUCGUUUAAAAGUGGGCGACGAUUGCGUGAUGCUCAUUUUAAGCUUCGCAGUGGGUUUCCGCUCAAAAAUUCGUGAGUGAUGGCGUGCAGCAUAGCUUUAAUACAUGUUAAUGACUUUAAUAGAUGAUGGCUUUUAUUAGCCUGUGUACAGACGUCCCCCCUCCCUCGGAAAAAAGUCGGGAGAAGAGUCUGAGGGAGGGGGCCGUCUGUACACAGGCUAGGCUUUUGUCAACCAAUGAAUUGCUUCCCGCAGAUACCUCAAGUACGGACAAGGCUCCAAACGCUGUCCUAUCCAAGACGUUCUAGAGAGUACCCUCACCUUUGUACAUAGCACAGCCCCGGCCAGUGAUGAGCUUAGCUCUGAUGUGGAUAUGAAAACUCCCAUGUCUGGCUCACCCACCCCGAUGAACACCAAUCAAGCUACCCCCUCGCCUUGCCCCUUGUCGGAGGUCCGGUGGAGCCCUGCUCCGCGUCACGUGACAGAAGCAGAAGUAGCCGUGUUAGAAGAGUGCUUACGGAGAUGGCGGCGAGAAAUGGAGCAAGAUGUUAAAGGUAGCUAAUAGAAGGCUAGCGUUCUAAUUUUUUUAGUGAAAUGUGAUUAAUGUGUAGUCUUUAAUCAAAAAAUGUUUUACAAGGGGGUCUUUUGCACACCACAAGUAGAUAGAAGUACACAUAUGAUAAGGCGUGCAUUUCUUAAAACUCCCAAUGACAUUUUACCCAAACACUAUCUUAAGUGAAUCCUGAGAGGCCCCAUUAUUUGUGACAAAAAUUAAGUUUUAAUUGUCUUUUGCAUGGGAGUAAACCGGUUAGCACACAACGAGAUAAACUGGCCAAGUUGUGACUACACAAUAAGAACUGCGCUUUAAAUAGCUUAUGAACUCAUGAUAUUUUCUUGAACUGUAAGAAACCAAGGUCUUCAAUUAGACCGUGAAAGUCAAAGUGAAAGCAGGCACCCUGACUGACCUUAAAAAUAUGCAGACAAACAAACCUCUUUAAUGCGUGUCCGCUUGAGACAGGUGUGCAUAGAGGUGGGGGUCGUAAUAAGUGUGUUAUCUUUGGGAUAAAGAAAAGCAUGCGUGAUAGAGAGGUGAACGUAUUAUAGAGGUGACUUUAAGGAGAGGUUUGACUUCACAAGUCUGCAUUUAUUUUGUGGACUUGUCAACGUGGCGCCGUUAUUAGGAACUCUGGAAGUGAUGUUAUUGUUGCGACUAAGGCCGCUACUCAUCGCUCCCCGUCGUUGGGACAUUUCGCGAGAGAGACUACCGUCUCUCUCUCGAAUUGUCUCCAGGUUAUAUAACAUGUGGUAUUCCACAGGGAUCUAUUUUAGGCCCUCUCUUAUUCACUAUUUAUAUUAAUGAUCUCCCUUCAUGUAAUUUGUUUUCAAAACCCAGAAUGUAUGCAUAUGAUACUACCCUUACCACAUCUGCAGAAGACCCAUGUGUCCUUGAACAUAAAAUGAAUUAUGAUAUGAAUUUAAUUCAGUCAUGGCUGUCAGCAAACAAAUUAACUUUAAAUGUUAAGAAGACUAAAUACAUGCUUAUAGGGAGCCAAUUUAAGUUAUCCCAAAUAAAUAGUGACUUCACAGUCAAAGUUAAUAAUACACCCUUAGAAAGAGUAAUUAAAUAUAAAUCCCUUGGAGUUCAAAUUGAUGAAUCUUUGAACUGGCGCCCACACAUUCAUACCAUUUGAAAGAAAAUAUCCGCUGGUAUUGCUAUCUUAAGGCGUGUAAGUCAUUUUAUACCAUUUGAUACUAGAGUGAAUAUGUACAAUGCACUGGUAAUGCCAUAUUUUAAUUACUGUGGUGCCGUAUGGGGUAAUGUCAAUAAGGGACUGGCAGACAAACUUCAAAAGCUGCAGAAUAGGGCUGCUAGAAUUCUCACCUUUUCUAACUAUGACGUUCGCUCAAGUGUUUUGUUGGAUGAGCUUGGCUGGGAAAGGCUAGAAUAUGUAAGACUUAAGCAGUUGGCUGUGACAAUGUAUAAAAUCUAUAAUAAUCUUUCCCCGUCGUAUCUGAGGCGGAUCUUUACCAGCACCUCAAAUGUACAUUCACACAAUCUUAGAAAUUCUGAGUUAAAUUAUUAUGUCCUCAGACCCAGAACUGAGUCUGCAAAAGGGAGCCUACACUACAGAGGAUCUGUUCUGUUGAACAAGAUUCCCUCAGAGAUUAGAAAACUGCCUAGUUUAAAUGUUUUUAAAACUUCAAUUCAUGGGAAAGAUUUUUCUAAUACACCAUGACCCAUUGUAACUCUUAUUAUUCAUAAUGUAAGUUUUUGUAUUUUUAACAUUGUAGUCAAUAGUUCCUUAGAGUAUUUUAGUCUAGUUUUAAACACGAUUCCUAGGAAGACCAUGUAAAAUGAUACGAUUUCGUGUAUAAAUAAAGAUUGAUGAUGAUGUUCAAGGUUCGGCUCCGAAACAUUCCGCCGCGCGCGAGACGCGAUAAAAAAAUCUCUGAUACACACGGUAUAGGAUGGUGGGCUAAUCCGAAACAUGACACCGACGAUAAUCACUCAAGUAAUUUGUUUUUCUUUUUUCCUUCAAAGAUCUUAACGCUCAUCUUCGAGAUACAGAAGAAAAAAUUUCCACAAUUUAUAACGAUGAUAGUCUUAAAAAGGUGAGUUCGUGUAGUAGCUGGUGUCUCAAAUGAUAAACUGUGUACAAAUGUGUACCCUAGGCUCAUUUUGAAUCUCAGAGUGCUGCUAGCACAACCUAGCAUCAUGAACCGUGAGAGAACUUUGGGUCUUAGACAGCUGGCUGCUAAUGUCUAGAGCUGUAGACACCGGAGGACAAUCAAACGUCCCGAUGCUUAGUAUAUAAGACUCGUUGAAGAGUAAAAAAAUUUUAACUCAUGGAUACGCGAAGAAUAGUAGCCAAUUUUUGUAGGCACUCACUCAUUUUUCUUGGCGAAGUUCGCUGCGAUCAAAGAUCGCUUUGAGUGUGCAUCGUGCGCACAGUGUGCAUUGUGUUGAAUUUUAAGCUUUUCCAAGACAAUGAGGGAUACACUAUAUCUACGAGUUCGCCAUAGUCGUACUUUGACUCAUCCAAAUGUUUUGUUUCUGUCCAGUUACCGUAUCGCCUUCACGCCGUUCUUGUGCAUGAAGGUCAAGCGUCCGGUGGCCAUUACUGGGCCUACAUUCAAGACCCCAAACAGCAGCGAUGGUGCAAAUUCAACGACAUCACUGUUAGCGAGGUCACGUGGGACGAAGUUUCCCGUGAGUCGUUGGGAGGUUAUCGUCACGUGAGCGCCUAUUGUCUCAUGUACAUUGACGCUCGGCGCGAAGGCUGUAUCGGCGCCGGCAGUGCAAUUCAGGAGCUGCCAGCGGAUUUACAGGAGCUUGUUGAUAAGGACAAUGCUGUGUUUGAAAGUGAGUUGAGAGACUGGGACGAAAAGCAGCUGAAUAAGGUGACAGGUAAUUAAAGUUGUCAUUUGAUUUUAUUCCUAUGAUAGUUUCGUCUUCCAGUAAGCUUUCAAUUAACUUUAAUGCUUGAUCAAACAGCGCUAAUGCUUGUUUAAAUAACAGUCUAUAGCACCAACAAAUUGGCCACAGCACGACCUACUUAUUACGGACAUACUUUUUACCUCCCACGCUGGAGACGAGAUCGCUAUUUCCUUGUGUUGUGGACCUUUGAGCUCCGCCUGGCCUUUUGUAGGGCAAAGGCAGAACCUCCCUCCUUCCUUCCGUCCUUCCUUCCUUCCUACCUUCCUUCCUUCCUCCCUCCUUCCUUCCUUAAAACACUGAAAAUUGGUCCCGAAUCUUAGACCGAAGCUCCACCAUCUGGGUUGACUCUUGCGAAGUUAAACCUGCAUUUAGCCAAGCGGACACAAACGGAACGCAUCACAUCAACAACAACAACCAGCCUGGUCCCCGGGGGGGGGGGGGGAACCCUUGGGACGAGGUUAAACAGCAACAACUAUAAUAAUUAGCUCGUGAUGAGAAGUAUAUAUGAAAUAAUUCAUUUUUGAACUGCGGUUGUAGAUGAAAGUGAAGAAUGAUCAUCGCAGUAAAUUUUCCAAUUUAAGCAAUUGGAAAGAAGAAGCCUGAAAAAAAAAAAUUCAAAAAAAAAAAUUCAGGGCUUCAACGGGAUUCGAACCCGUGACCUCCGCGUUGCCGGUGCGUUGCUCUACCAACUGAGCUAUGUAGCCACACAUUGGGAGCGAGGUCAAUUUAUUGAGUUCAUAUCUCCCGUGAGGAGUGAAAUGAUGUGAAGUAUAUAUGAAAUAAUUCAUUUUUUUUCAGCCUUUUUCUUUCCAAUUGCUUAAAUUGGAAAAUUUACUGCGAUGAUCAUUCUUCACUUUCAAUAAUUAGCUCAGUAACUGAUUUUGAAAAACUGAAUACCUUUUUUCAAAUUUCCUUGUUAUAAUCAGUUUUACCGUUCUUCAUUAGCACAUACGUGUCUUUUUUGUCGUCUUUGUUAUGUCGGUUAAACCUUUUGUCAGUGUUUCAAGUGAUUUUUUUUUCGUUUCGUUUACUUUGGUGGCCAGAGCCUAGUGCCUGAAUUGGGCUAAAUUUCUCCGCAAAGUCCCUUUAAUGCAAGCUGUUCGCUUGUAAUUUAUCGUAGUUCACUGACUAAUACACUUUACCACGCAGAAUCUCAAUGUAAAGCCAUUGUCCCCAGGCCAGACAUUAUCGUCGAUGCCGAGUCUGUACAAACGUCUGAAAAUGACGAAGAAUCCGCUCUUAACUCCUUGGCCGAGGCUGCGAGGAGCCUGGGAGUCGAGGAAGCGCUGACACAGUGGUGCAUUCAACAGCGGACCAGACUGGAGAGACUCUCGCGGGAGUACACACCCGAGCACCCUGGAGAUGUGCGCCUGGAGCAUUUCGGUAUCUAUCUGAUGAAGUGCAAAGCUCCUGAACAGAUGAUCAGCGUGGCCAUACUCGAGCAGAUUGUAGACGAUAUCAGGACACAAGAAGAAACGUGAGUACCCGAAGAGGGACGGAACAAAAUGGGAAGGAACGGGACGGGAUAGAAUGACAUGAGCGGCAAGGCACGGGAUAGAAAGAAAACAGGGGCCUGUUUCUCGAAAGUCCCGAUUAAUGAACUAGCCCAUAAAGCUGUUGUUGUUUUCAUUCUUCAAGAUCGAGGUUUCAAACGUUUUGAAGAUAAUAUAGUCAGUUAGCAAGACAAAAAGGGCUGGUUUAGAUUUUGAUUUGAAUAUUUGAUUUCGGAACCGAAAAGGUUUUUGUUGUUGUUGUGGGGGGGGCGCAAAGGACCCCAGAACUACACGAAGCUGCCCAGAAAAGUGAAACGAUACUCUCAACUGACGAUUACAGGGUUAUCACUAAGAUUUCAUGUUGCUGGGUAAAUACAACAAGUAGAAGAGGAAUUAAACAGCUAGGGAUUUUUGUUGGUCCUAUUUUUCUUCUGUUUUUCAAUAAAAGUAGCCGGAGGAAAUCCCCGGCCCCCGGCUCUUAGUGACAGCCCUGCCGAUUACUUUAUCUCCACUGACUAAUAUCUCCCCACUCCCAUCCCCCGCGUUUUUAUUUCAGUCUCCUGAUGGUUAAGCAGAGUGGGCAGAAUCGAUUGAUUGGUGAGCAAGUAUCAUCUAAUCUUGAAUACCAGGUAAUAAUUCAGUUACUGACCAGAGUUUGGAAGUGUUAAAGCUUUUUGAAACGUGUCUACGGCUUGUCCUUAUUUGUUUAUUUGUUUUAAGAUCCUAGCUAGGAACUAAAUGGACCAAACCAGUCGUUACUUUCAAGUCGCGUACGUUUUGCUGUUUCUGGCACAUUGCCCAACUGUGCGUAGGUUCAUUAAACCAUUUGAAUACAAGUAAAUCGAGAAUUCUAAGGUUUUUCUAUAAACUUUGAGAGUGUCAAUAGCCAGUCGUUGCGUCACUUGGAAUUUAUUACUUAUAAUUUCAAAGGCAACGAGUCGUGUGUUGCUUUUUCGUGGGGUAAUAAUUCAUUAGAAUCUUUCCAAAGGUUUUAGAGCAUUUGACAGGCCAUCUGACCAAGGCAAAAAUGAAGAUCUGUACAAAUUAUAGUUAAGGCAGCAAGAACCUGGUCACGGCUUGGAAGGAUAGGAUGGGUGGGGGCUGGGAAAUGGCACAUCAUCUCUACCCCUCUCUCCCGCUCCCUUGUACCCCGUAAAUCCUCUAUUAAGCCCCCCUCUCUUUUCACCCCUCCCCCUCUUUUCAGGGGAAGGAAGUUAAUAAGCCCCCCCUCUCUUUUAAGCCCCCCCCCCCCCUCGCUCUUAUCAUUUUUCACUAAUAAAUGUGUGACUGUAUUAAAUAAUCACGACUGUAAAACUUCUAGUGGACUGAUCCGGGAUGGUUUAUUCACCAACUGGAAGAUCGGAUUUGAUUCUGAUCCUCGGCUGCAUGAUUUCCAAUUUCUUGUACUUGAGCUUGUCCACUUUAUAUUCUAGUUCUUUAUGGAGAACUAACACUGUUGUUUUUGCUAAAUUAAUUAAGCCCUCCCUCUCUAUUAAGCCCCCCCUCAAAGUGUUUGAAAUAAAUUAGCCUCGGGGAGCUUUAUACAGGAUUUACGGUAUUAUGGUAGGAUUAUCAGCUUGUUCUUCCCAAGGCGUAUGUAGGCUGUUUUUUUUUUUCGAUGGAAACACGUACAGUUGUAAACCCGCCUUGCCGGCUACCGAUUAACUAGGUUGCAAGGCUUGCAUUUUCAUUGUGUCUUUGCGAACAGUUUGUUGCAUGUUAUUGCGUCUGAACUCCUUGAAUUCUACUCCUUUAGAGCUGGAAAGAAAAAUACAGCCUGUUUAUAAAAGUCAACUCCUGUUUCCUCACGGGACUUGAAAAUUUACAGAACAACAAGUAAGUGAAUAGUUUUACAGUUGGCAAAAAUAGGGACCUUAAACAACGACGACGGGGACGUGAAAGAAAACGACAAAAAAAAAACAAUAGGUUUAGAUUAGCAAAUCAAUUUUGCACGUGCAUCACGCUUUUUUGUUAUUUCUUUGACGUCACUGCACGACUUCGACGUGAAAAUGACUAAUUUCACGAUUUGUCGAGGACGGGAACACAAGACAUCAACUUUCCUUUUCUUUUCCUGAAUGUUGAUGCAGUCCUUGAGAAUUUAACUCCGAAAAAAUUGCCAACAUUUGACGAAUUAAGCGAGAUGGAACAAGCGCGAUUAAGUUGAGGCAGCGCAAAUUCACUUUUUAAGUGACGUUUCCGCAGCCGUCGCCGUCGUUGUUGCUUAAGUUCCCUAGUAGAGACCUUUAGAUUCUAAGACGAGUACGACUACGAGUACGAGAUUUUCUCAAUACUUAGUAUUGCUUGCGCUUGAACCAGUGAACCAGCGUUAUUUUGGCGGGAAAACGUGGUAGCCGUCGUCACUCUUCUACGAGUUUUCGCGCGGGUGUCGUUGUGGCGAAAACAAGAUGUCAAAUGUUAGAAGUUUUAUCAUUUUGCUAUCGGGAGAGCGCAUAACGUCCUUCACUAACGAUAACGAUGCUAACUUUUCUAAUGAAAAAUGGUAAAAUGAAGCUUUCCGGGAAGUCUAUAUUUUGAGAAGACGCGAAAAGACUUUAAGUCAAAUCUCCUACUCGUGGUCGUCCUCGUCCUCGUCCUCAAAUCUAAAGGUCUCUAGUAACAACCUGAGAACAGAGCCUUCUCUUGUCUCCUUGAUCGAGGAGGAGAAAAGGAGGUUCUGCCUGAAUCACUUCAAGCCUUUGAAGUCACCGCAACCCCUACUUCAGGAUUAGUCAAUCUUCUUCUCUCUCGUCAAACUGGUUUUUCGAGUGGGAACAUCUGUUUAUUGAUAAUCCGAUGGUUACUGUACCAAGUGCAUGGCUGUUAGGCCUGGGUUCUAAACUGUAUCCAAGCAACGUGUAGCGCAUGCUCAACAAAUAUUUUAGUGAAAGUUGUGGAACUGUAAGCGAAAGAUCCUAAACGUCUGACGCGCGAGGCGACACCGCUCUCUGUACACCUAGCGCCAGUUUUUCCGAAGCUGGAUAGCGUUCUCCGUCAUUGGUACAACGGUCUCCUGGAACAGACUAGUGGCCGGUUAAGGUUUUUUCUUAGUCGAUGUCCAAUUUUAGGUUUUUGGUUUCACUAUCAACACAAUGUCGCAGGUUUUUUUAAAGGUUAUUUUGAUUGCGUUAAAAGUUCAUCUAGAAGAAGGACUCAUCACGAUUCUGGUAAAAAUCUAAUGUUUCAGAUAUCGCGAAGCAUUGCCAUAUUUGAUGCACGCAUGCAAACUCAAUACCAAGCUUCUGGACGCUUCUAGCAACGUCGGCCAAGCCAUGGACGAGCAACUGCUGACCCACUGGCGGCGCAUAUGUUUUUUGCGUCUGAAUGAUGUAGCGGUACAAAUGUUCAACAGUAGUGACUGGAAAUCAGUGUGCAGGGGACUGGAACUAGUCAGUGAACUUGUGAUACCUUGUAUACCAAAGCUCAUUGUCUCGGCCCAGACUGCUGACGGUCUGGCAGUGGAGCAGGUCAGAAAUUGCUGGUGUAACUUCCUCGCUUCUCCUCUUGACGGUAAGAAACCUGAAAUUGUAAACAUCUUAAUAUUUCACUCCCCUCAGGGCUUUUCAGGGAUAAUUUACAACUCCGGUUGGGGGACUUUUGCCAGACUGCUUAUGGUGCAGUUACAAGUAAUGAGGAAUGAGUGUUGAUGACCACCUAUGUGAAUGUGAACUUGCGAGAGAACACCACACCGGGGACUACGUCCCCUACUCUUUACAAGCAGGAUUUAUUAUACGCGCAAGGGUUGUGAGGUUGUGAGGGGUUGUGAGGUUGUGAGGGGCCUACGGUUUAUCGUCCUUACCCGAGAAGACUAGAAAGUCUAACCGUUUGCGGAUGUCAUUAGAAGGCAGCUCUUUACUACUACUACUACUACUACUACUACCACUACCACUACCACUACCACUACCACUACCACUACCACUACCACUACCACUACCACUACCACUACCACUACCACUACCACUACCACUACCACUACCACUACCACUACCACUACCACUACUACUACUACUAACAACAACAAUGUUUAUACAGGGAGCUCACUUUACAAAGAGUUAUAUUCAGUGAGGCCAUGUAAAAAAAAAGGAAAAUACGUGAUCUUAGAUAAAUGAAUACGUAAUAGUAAUAAUAAGUAAAAAGUAAAGAACUAAAAACUUACCUAAUAUAAGCCACAGGUUAAAAAUGUUACAAAGUCAGAUAGACUCCCAUUUUUUUAGGGAAAAUCCCUGGGGACGAGGUUGAGCUUUUAAUGCACUGUUUAAAAAAUUGUUAAGCAAUUCUCUGCUUUCCGCUAUUUCUUUUCACGAGAGGAAGACGGAAAUCGUUCCUUCAUCUAGUGUGUGUCCUUAGAUGUUUAAAGACCCUGAGCGUUGGUGCGGCCGAUGUUUGAAUCAGCGUCCUUCCGCUCUGCUCUUCAGACUGGCGCUUAUGUCGGUCAACUGAGAAGGAUUUUAGUCAGACCUUAGUAAAACGGACACCAAGGGAGAAAAGCCAGUGUCCGCCGGCAUUACAGAGGUGUACUCACCAGGAUGUUGGACCCCCGGUUGGGCACUAGCCUGCGAGCAAGCUCUCCUAUUUGGGCGAGCGAAGCGAGCCGCACGAGAACGCGCGAGCGAGCGGCGAUAUCCCCCAAAUGGAGAGCUUGCUCGCAGGCUAGUUGGGCACUAAGGAAAGUCGGGGUGGAGGAGUGCCGCCGAGGCCUGCCAACCCCUACCCCGUUUAAGACAAAGAUUCCUCAUUUCGCUACUCUGUUUAAGACAUAAGACACUACUUUCCGACCCUGAUUUCCUUUGUUUUGCAUACAGAAUUACGUAUUUAUUUUUCACACUAAAAUCGUGGAAAUAGAUAGUUAGGAAAAAAAAUUAUCGGUAUUGCAAAUGUAGACCGCUCAUCGCAAGUGUUCACUCUCUUUGAAAGGCUUCCAGUCCAAAACGACACCUUGAAAACCAUACCCUGUUCAGCGGCACAUACCCGCAUAGGCCAAAUAAGGGAGAGGGAAACGGUAAGGUCGGGGAGGGGGGUUGGGCGCAAUUACUUCACCCCUCUUUAUUCCCUUCUCCCUCCCCCUUACACACCCACUGUAGUUACCCGGCGUCGAAAUCCAAGUUAGUAGGGAGCUUAAGCAAUAACGACGGCGAUUAAUUCAUCAAAUGUUGGCAAAUUUUUCUGGAGUUUUAUUUUAGGGGACUGUAUCGAAGUUCACGAAAAGGAAAGGAAAGUCGUUGUCUUGUGGUAACGUCCUCCAUAAAACGUGAAUUUAGGCAUUUUCACGUCGUAGUCGUGCAGUGACGGCAACGAAAUGUACACAAAAGCGUGAUGCACGUGCGAAGUUGUUGUUUUGCUAAUCUAUACCUAUUGCUUUUUUGCUGUUCUCGGUGACGUCGCCGUAGUCUUUGCCUAGUCUCCCUAGUGUCUACAUAACUUAAAGCGACAACCCAACGCUUUUGAGCGCAAAAAACAGGGAAAAUAGAAAAUAGAGAGACUGUUCUUGGUCUAAAAGCUCAGUUUAAUUAAGAGAUCUCAGCAGUCCUUAUAAGUCCUUGAAUUUCACCAUGAUCCUUGAAAAGUACUUGAUAUUUGCGUGUGGUUUCUAAGGGCCCCUAUAAUUUAUUAAGUACUUUGUUUGCGCGCACUGUAUAGCGUAUUUUCUGACAAACGUAGCGUGAACGAUGUUGUCCGUUCAGACGUACUUCGAAACUGUCAUGAAAGAAUGUUCUUAAUUGUUGUUGAGGAAGUCUUGUGGCGUCCAAAAACUAGAACUCCGUAAUAGUUACUUGCAUCUGACUUCUCCUAACGAUAUCAUUACUCAUUCAAACAGAACGGUUAUGAGAAUAUUAUAGAAACGAUCACAGGAGCAUCAUAAAGAAAAUGCGUGAAGGAGAGUGUGGAGAAUUUAUGUGUUGGUUAAAGCGCCUAAAGGAUUAAAAACUCGUAAUUUUGGGUUGUCUAAAGUUGUACCAGAAAUGGGUAAAAGUGACAGCAACAUUUGGGAUGAUUUAAUUCAAUUUGCGAUAGUUUCCUCUGAUUAUUUGACCCAUUCGCAGCGAAAGGAGAAAAGGUUUCAACUUUCGCUACUUCUCUAUCUCACAAUGCCCUUGAAUUCCACCAUGUAUGGAUCAUCCUCAAAAAGUACUUCUAUUUCUAAAUAACCUUAAAGUUUGCAAGUGCUUUGUUUUUGCUCUGAUAUCGUUGUUUGUAAUCAAAAUAUUUAUACUCGGUGCGUUGUUAUCCUGUUUCCGUUUACUGUAAUCCAAUUUUCACCGAUUCUUAGGCUGUGUCUAUGUCUAGGCUAUACCAGAUAGCCUUGAGGCUUGCACGAAAGCCGUAUCGUAUAGGGCUUUCGUACACAUGAACCGUCAGAGCGAUGAUUUCAGAGCAGUUUCUGUAACUGAGCGAUGCUGCUUCGCACCAGUCAUGAGAGUGGAUCGUCUAAUAUCGGAGAGGUUUGCUUUCUGGUGCCAGUCGUCGUGGUAAUGUCAACAGGUGUUCUUACCAGGUCGGAGAAUUUUUCAUUUCGACGUGAUAAGCUAUCCGGUAUGGCGUAAACAUAGCCUCGGGCAUUGCUGUUAAAGUUAGAAAUGAUUAGAAAAUUCGCACGGUGUGUUGUAUUUCUCUUUUUUAGUUUGCAUUACCGGCAAUAGAACGUCGCGGUUAACUCCCACUAACUAGCGCUAAUUUUACUCUCUCUUUGGGUCACUUUUUAAGUAAGUUUUAACCCACUUGAACUCCCGCUAAGUUGAACUGUUUUUCAGUUUUGUUUACCUUGAAAGAUCGAUUUAGCAGAGUUGUACUGCGUGACUACUAGUAUUGGUCAAAGACAACAUUAAAUUAAAAUUCCAUAUUUAUUUCGAUAAAAGUGAAAGACAUAAAGUGUAUUGCAGUUUUCUUUUGCACGGUUCACGUAAAGAGGCGACCCAAGACGAAAUACGAUGAAAAUUCUGAAAUCGAUUUUGAAUAAAGUGACACACAAUCAUUGCCACCGAAAAGCGCUGCCAAAGAGAUUUCAUUAAUACACUACAUUACAUCGCUUGGUAAUCGGUUCUGGCUCUCCCCAAUCGUCCUUUCCUUUCGGUCAAGAUCAGUAAGUCGACCACACGCUCGCCCGAAAAUAUCGCUCUCCUGCAUGCUGUUGGUCAGAUCUAAAGGUCGCGAUUUUCAGACGCAGUUUUAGUCGUAGUCUCCAUGUAAUCCAGUUUGCGCUGAGUUUAAGUGCAGUUUCCGAUUAUGUCUGCGCUGUAGUUAUAGGUGCGACGCCACGCUAUUUGCUAUCUUUUAGAUAACUCAAAAUGUGUCUUCGUAUCAAUUAAAUUCUAAAAAUAAAAGGCAUUGAAACUGUUUCCUGUCUUCUGUUGCCACGGAUGGCAAAGAUAGACAUGGAUUUGAAACUUGAAACAGUCGGGCCAACUUUUUCAAGUUUAAUGCCAUGACUGCAUGAAAUCACCCCCAGUGGUACAGUACCCAUCCAGACCUUCAGAUAAGGGGCUGCGGUCAUCCAGACCCUGAGGUAAAGGGGUUGGGGGGGAGGGGGGGAUGCGGCGGGCGGUCCCCAAAAAAUUUUUUUCGGCCUUUUGGGCCUCAGUCUGGUCUAAAAAUAAGCGGGGGAGAGGCCGAUCCCCCCAAGCCCCUCCCCUGGAUUCCUCACUGGUGUAAAGGCACUAACCAAUGAUUUCAGCACAGAAUUGACCCAAAACAGCAACAUCGGCCUCGUGACGUAGUCACUUUAAGUCCUACAACGAUAUAACUCGACGUAGCGUAAUUACUGAGUUUCCGGUUAGUUGUAGUGCAAUUUCCGAAUAUUGUCUGACAGAACGUGUAAGGCAGGGGAUGAUAAUAACUUGUGUGUUGUAAGCCAGUUUCCGUUAAUCGCCUUACACAACAGUUUGGUCCAAGGUUAACUUGCUGAAAUGCAGUUUCCGAUUGUUGUUCAACAUACGUUUUCAGCCAAAGAUUGACGCAUUGUAAUCCGGUUUUCCCAAAAGUAAUACUUUGACGUGAUUUUUUUUUUUUUUAAGGUAAAGACCAUGUUAUACAGAAACUCUAUGCCUUAACUCAUACACAGGAUAUAGGCGAAAAACUGAUUCCUAACAACGAUGCAUAUUUAAUCAAAUCAGAUUAAAAAAAAGAACAAGCAAGUGUAAGCUAUAGACUUGAUGACUGGCUUUUAACACAGGGUUCGAGUACGUCAUUUUUUUAUCCCGGAAAUAUAUUAAAAUAAACAUUUGGCGCUUUCUUUCUUUCUGUUAAAACAUGGUAUUUGACGUUGGUUUUUACACUUUAUAUCCUGGCUCUCCAAAGUAACGGGUUGCAUGAAAUAGUUUCAGUUCUGUUGCAUGGUCUGACUGACAAAACUAAACAAUUAUUUUGCGAUUUUAUCGAUGUAGAGGAUGGUAUCUUUUACUUCUUUGAAGUGACACUAAAAACCGUGGAAAUGUCUUGUGAUGUAAUCAGGUUUCCGGUAGUUGUCUGGUUCAGGGUUUCUAGACGCGUUGUUAAUGACUUGUGAGGACAGCUGAAUAUUUGCACCCUCUAUAAAGCGAUCAAUCGAUCACAACAUCAUAGUAACAUUAGGGCCAUUUAUGCGAGGGAAAAUAAGACGCGCCUUACAUAGGACGCGUCUUAAAUAAGACGCGAACUUUCCGUCUAAACGGCACAUUUCGUCUAAAAAAAGAAACGGCUUAGCUAAGACUUGUCUUAUUUUAGAAGAGCCUUACAUAAGACGCGAACGCAUAGUAGGCGUGCGUUAAUUUUUAGCGCGCCACGCUGGAUUGCCGUUGCUACAGGCAGCAUUCACAUGAAAACGAGUCAAGAACAGAAAUAAGACGCGAACCAUUUAUUCGAGCUCUUCUGGUCUUAGAUAAGACAUGCCCGUAUAAAUGUACAGUUCGCGUCUUAUUUUUCCUCGUAUAAAUGGCCCUAUUGUCUCGAGGUUUGCGUGGAGCCGAUUUGCAAUAGGCUCGAUUACUAGCCGCUGUUGGGGAAACUAGCCCGCGCUCCUUCCUUGAGGUGGACUGGACCAAGGCGGACCCGAGAGAGCGGCGAAAUUCUAGCCUAAUCUUGCAACUACUUAACACCCACUUUCAUCGUUGUAAGAUGUUCAAAUGCUUAGACGUUGUCCCAGUAUCCCGGCUCUUACUGCUGUUGUUCUCCAAAUGUUAAAACUGUUUGAACCACUUUCUCAACGGACCUGUUUUAUGGUGGCGUGUUUUGCUCCAUCAUCUACUUCUAUGAACAUGGAAUAGGGUUCUGAAUUUGUUUUUAUUAGGAUGAAUUUUGACGUUUCCAUUUUCAUUUCUUCUAGAUCGUCACCGCGCCAAGCUUGAGGAGUUUCUCCCCCAACUGCUUGACGUUCCAAGCGAAUCGUGUCCUGAAAUAAAACCGCCGCCCAUCAUGCGCCCGCUCAGCUCUCGUGAACUUUGUGAUCGUUUUGUACGAGCGAUGGAACUUGUCAACGCAAACCAGGCUGUUUUUAAGACGUAGCAGAGCUGCCCGGAACACUUGCCAAUACCUGUGAGGAACUCUUCGACACGUGGCCAUGGUGUGCCAAGCGUCUUCUCUAUGUUUUGCCCCCACGCACCUGUUCUUUGUCUCGUCACGUAACGCUGCCUUUGGGGAAGAGCGCUGCGUGACGAGAUAGGAGACUAUCUCCAUGUCGAAAUUCACCAUUUCCACAUUGACCAUAAUGCACCUUUUUUAUGCCCCGAAAUCUUGCAUAACCACUGUCCUCGAUUUCUCUUGGGGGAACUGUAAGGACAAUAAUGGUUACGCAAAAUUGUGGGGGGUGAACAAGAUGGUUUAUGAUCUAUGUGAAAAUGGUGAAUGUCGAAAUAUCGACGAAGCGUGGCGCAGGAAACAAGAG